GCCACCGCGAAAGAGACCUCGAGGCUCCGGCCCCGCCACAGGCUAUAAGAAAAAUGGCCCUGUCAGCCCAACAGUUACCCAGGUGUUUCAGCUCAAUUACAUUUAGUACCUUCAUUAAUGCUGCACAACUCAGAAAACCUUUUCAGAGACUGGGAAAAGCACGGUUGCAAGGCUUUUCUGCUCAGCUUCAGCUGCCCUCUGACAAUUGCUUUCUCCAGUGGGGAUUUAAGACAUACAGGACUUCCUCCUUAUGGAAUUGUUCCCAGUCUUCCACCUCAAGUAGGCAAGAGAAUAAUUCUGUUCAGAGGCCUCUUGUUCCUUCUGUGAAUGAGCAGGCACAGAAGACACAAACACUACCCACCUUUGAUUCUGAACUAUCUCUAGAAGAACUGGAUGAUUUGCCUCCAUUGUCUCCACUGCAGCCCAUUUCUGAUGAGGAGGCCAUUCAAAUAAUUGCAGACCCUCCACUGCCCCCAAUUUCAUUUACACUUCGAGACUAUGUAGAUCAUUCUGAGACUCUUCAGAAAUUAGUGCAUCUAGGGGUUGAUUUGUCCAAGAUAGAAAAACAUCCUGAUGCGGCCAACCACAUCUUAAGACUGGAUUUUGAAAAAGACAUUAAGCAAAUACUCCUGUUUCUUAAAGAUUUGGGUAUAGAGGAUAACCAACUGGGAGCAUUCCUGACUAAAAACUAUGCUAUUUUCUCCGAAGACCUUGAAAAUCUUAAAACCAGAGUGACUUAUCUACAAUCAAAAAAUUUCAGUAAGGCAGAUAUCACACAGAUGGUCAGAAAUGCACCAUUUCUGCUGAAUUUUUCAGUGGAAAGACUGGAUAACAGAUUGGGAUUUUUUCAGAAAGAACUUGAACUUAGUGUGAAGAAGACUAGAGAUCUGGUAGUUCGUCUCCCAAGGUUACUAACUGGAAGUCUGGAACCUGUGAAAGAAAAUAUGAAGGUUUAUCAGCUCGAACUAGGUUUUAAACGUAAUGAAAUCCAGCAUAUGAUCACCAGAAUCCCGAAGAUAUUAACUGUAAAUAAAAGGAAACUUGCCGAGACUUUUGAUUAUGUGCACAGUGUGAUGAGCAUUCCCCACCACAUCAUUGCCCGGUGCCCUCAGAUAUUUAACACAAGGUUGUUUAAAGUCAAAGAAAGACACUUGUUUCUUAAUUAUUUAGGAAGAGCACAGUAUGAUCCAGCAAAACCUAACUACAUUUCUUUGGACAAAUUAGUAUCUGUGCCCGAUGAAACAUUCUGUGAGGAAAUUGCCAAAGCCUCAGUAAAGGACUUUGAGAAAUUUUUAAAAACUCUUUAGUUUUUGAUGUUAAAAUGUAAUAAAGUGAAUGUAUAUAUGAAUAAAUGAAUAUAUUUUUAAAU